AGCUGUCUGUCAAGAACCGGUGUGUUUUCUCUGUGUUGUUGGUUUUUGUUUGUUUUGUAUAAAAAUGUUAUUCUAGGCAAUGGAAUAAACAGUCGUUAUUUUUCUGUAGAUUUGUUAUUGCAUAUUUUUCUUCAGUUAAAAUGAGCGACGAUAACAGCGUAACAUCCACAGAAUACAAACUAGAGACUGAUUCAGAGCUUAGGUUCGAGAUUGAGAACAAAAAUGAGAAGGUCACAAUCACGCUAUUGUCCGGACAUGCAGAACUAUUUGGAACAGAAUUGGUAGUUAAGAAGUCGUAUGAAUUCGGAGUGGGCGCGAAGGUUGCCAUUUUUACGUACCAUGGCUGCACUCUCGAACUUCGAGGAAAACCUGACGUGGCCUAUGUAGCGCGUGAAACCCCAAUGGUGCAGUACCUGAAUGCCAAUUCGGCAUUAGAACAACUGCGAUCGAAAGCAGAGCAAGAUGAUUUACAAGGUCCUGUGGCAAUGGUCGUUGGUCCCACUGAUGUUGGGAAAACAACGUUAUGCAGAAUAUUUCUCAAUUACGCCGUGCGUUUGGGACGAAGACCGAUUUAUGUUGAUUUGGACGUAGGCCAAGGAGGAAUCGCCAUUCCCGGCGCUAUAGGUGCCCUUUUAGUGGAACGACCCGCACCGGCGGUUGAAGGAUUCUCACAACAAGCACCUCUGGUUUAUCAUUUCGGGCACAUGACUCCGUCGGAUAACGGUGUUUUAUACAAUGUGCUAAUAUCAAAGUUAGCGGAAACGACUCUGGAACGAUUACAGGCAAACAAAAGGGCUAAACAUUCCGGAAUGAUUAUAAACACUUGUGGCUGGGUAAAAGGUGGCGGUUAUAAACACAUUUUACAUGCAGUAAAAGCUUUUGAAGUGAAUGCCGUGUUUGUAUUAGAUCAAGAAAGGCUCUAUAAUGAACUUCUGCGAGAUGUGGAUCGAUCAGUUCAGGUUAUAUUUAUGCCUAAAAGUGGCGGUAUUGUAGUGAGAACAAGAUCUCAGAGGGCAGAAGCACGCGAUAAUCGCAUUCGGGAAUAUUUCUAUGGCUCGAAAAUGCCUCUUUAUCCACACUCGUUUGAUGUCAAAUUUAGCGACGUGAAAAUUUUUAAAAUUGGCUCGCCUCCCUUGCCGGAUUCAUGUCUUCCGCUUGGAAUGAAAAAGGAAGACAACUUUACGAAGUUGGUUGCUGUCCAACUAGGACCCCAUCUUUUACAUCACAUACUGGCGGUGAGUUUUGCCGACGGUAGCGGAGAAAAUGUUAUCCAAUCAAACGUGACUGGCUUCAUAUGUGUGACUGACGUGAAUAUGGAGAAAGAAGUUUUGACUGUUUUGUCACCACAACCGAGGCCCCUGCCGCAGUCGGUUUUGUUGUUGUCAGAUCUACAAUUCAUGGACAGUCUCUGAGGUAGAGAACAAUACUGUAGAAAUAUGAAAUAAACAGAUCAUUUAACUUUUUCCAAA